UUCAUCAGAAUAAAGAAAUUCAUACAGGUUUAAAACAACAUGAGGAUGAGAAAAUGAUGACAGAAUUUUUCUUUUCGGGUGAACUAUCCCUUUAAAGCUGUUUUAGGACCACAAGCAGCUGCUGGCAUGACUGAAAAUUAGUUGUAAAAUCAUUUUAAACAGCAUUUGGCUAAUAGUUGGGCCUAUUACCUCUUUACAAGGACCCAUAGGGCCCCAUACAGGCGCGUGCACUCUCAUACACAGACAGGAUCAUGACUAUCCUUAGUACAUAACUUAUCAACCAGCUAUAGAUUAUAGCUUUGAACAAUUAACUUUCAAAUAUUGCAUAUAGCAACAAUAUAAGCUCAGAUAACAUUUGGUUAAAGUUGAAUUUCAAAUCCCACACCGAGCCACCAAACUAGUUUGCAAUGUUGAAUCAUAGCCUACUGGUAGGAAGCAAACCAUUGGCAUGUACCCAAGUUUGCCAUAGCAAACACUGCAAAUUUAUCAUUAUUAGUAAAUUACUAGGUGUCACAACCUGGAUGGAAGGAGACAGACCCGUACGCAGGAUAGCUUCAAAUGAAAGGGGGUUUAAUAAAUGAUGAAGACAAAGACAGAAAUGACGAUAACUGAAACAAUACAAAUGACGACACUUAACAAUGACUAGACAUAACAAAGGGGUAAACGUAACUAAUGAUUCCGCGCUGCCCUCUGCAACGCGGCUCACUUAAAUAUAAAAGACAAUGAUGACACAAUGAGGAGCAGGUGUGGUGACAGGGAGGAGCAGACGAAGGCGGGGCAAACACGUGACGAGGAACGACAACAAAUGCACAUGGCCAAAAAGUCCAGGCUGAGUCCUGACACUAGGUCACUACAAUAUUUUCAAUAAUCGACUGAUAAUAACAAAAACUAUAGCUUUGCACAAUUAACUUACAAAUAUAGCAGAAUUUAAGCUCAGAUAAAAUUUGUCUAAAGUCGAAUUUCAAAUUUGCUAAUAUUUGACUGAUAACAAAAUUUCAGCUCACCUCAAUAUGCUUUUUUAAAUUAAAUUUGAAAGCCAUUAGCUUGUGGUAUUUAGCUUACAGCACAUGCGCAAUGACUUAUUUUUCCAUCCAAACAUUUACUGUAACAAAAUUCUUCCAGGUACGGCCAGGGAUGUAUAACGGUUGGGGUUGGUUGGUCUUCCUGGCUACAACUUCCAUGCUGGUGCUGGUGCUUCGUUGUUGAGACAUUGAGAUUGAGUUUUCAGACAUCUUCGUACUUGGCUCCGUCUGCUAUGUCCAGCGUUGGGUAACUGAAGUGUGACGUGAUUUGUGUCAUGUGCAGGUGCGAUGGAUCACAUACAAACCAAUAGGGUGACGGAAUGGCAGGUGGUUCAGAGUCUGAGAGAUGGAAAUGCUGCACGUUGUCCUGCAUUUGAAAGUACUACGAUCAUUAAAACCUUCUAUCCUGGUAACGAGGUCAGGUUGCUGUGCCAGCCAGGAUCAAACCUGGCCCUAGUGCAGUGGAGCGUAAACAAUCACACAAUUCAAGACUCCAACGAGUACCACAUUCAUCACAACAACCUGUUGAUCCUCAAUGCCUCGGACAGCGACGCCGGAUUCUACACCUGCACCUCUGUAGAGUCCUCCAAUGGUAAAGACUGUGUCAUCCAAAAUGCUACAUACUGUAUGAGCUGAAGCUGGGGAACUUCAUGGAGCAUCCUUCGGUUCAGCUGCAGGUCCAGGAACAGCAGAAAUCUCUCUUGGUGCUCAAGAUCCUGGUCAUUAUACCAACACUGAUAUUAUUAGUUCUU